CUAUUUCGAGGAAAGCCACCGCUGGUUUCAAGCCGGUCUAGCAGCGAAGACCACUCCGAUCAUUCACAUCUCCACAGCAGACAUGCCGGAGCCUCGUGUGUGGCCCACGGAUUAGCCUCUCGCUCCUUCCACCAGCAGACGCACGCAAUUAUUCCGCUAAAUAUUCGACCGAUGUUCUCCCCUCAACGACAACGACACUUUCAUAUCCCUGGAGGUAUCUUCGAUCUUGUGUCCGACGAUGGCCAGGUCUCUGACUACAGUCGAGCUUCAACGAGCCCUAUUUCGCCUACGGUGAAGACACCUGUCGAGGUCCAAUCGAUUGCCCACCUGGACGCUUCCGACAUUGCACGCUUCAUAUCCUACAUACGCCAUCCGCUAGCCUCACAAACAGCGGAAUUCUCGAAAGCGUUGAACAUCUCCGGCAGCGCGCUCCGUGGUUUGGAGCGACCCUCGCUUUCACGAUUAGCCAACCAUGACCCCCAGCUGGAGGACGAACUUGCUCGCAUCCAGCUGGGGCUGUUGCCUUACGAGCCGAUUCCCGAAGGCGUGUCGGAGAGCUCUACCGGGAGUACCGAACCUUUGGUGAACGAAACGGAGGCCAAAUCCUCGGCGAACAAUUCCCAAUCUCAAAUACAACCUUCCCCUUCCCCGCCAGCACGAACCACCCAACUUGCCGAAACAGGGUCUGAAACGGGUUCCGCCCAAGAACUUGUCGUCGUCACAACGUCAUCCACCGAAGAGUCGUCUACCACUGCACCAACAGAUGAGCAGACCAAAUCAGACGAUAGCGCAAGUCCGGAUAGUGAACCUAGCUCCGAUUCGGGAGAUGGGUCGAACUCUGCGAGUGCCGAAACUUCAAGUUCCGGCCUAGAAAAUGGCCCCAGCGACAAGAACCAAGGCCCUUCCAUCCCCUCUUCGCAUGUGCGACCACCAUCUCCAUCUAUUGCUCAAGGCGGCGAUGGACAGACAUCGGUUGUUGAACCUGAACUCGAUUCAGGCCAAGAUACCACGAAUCAAGCUUCAACUAGCGAAGCCGCGGCUUUUGAGCACGUCUCGUCUACCUCUGACGAAGUACAAGCGCCACAUACCCAACACACGCAAGGCGAUCAUGACGAGUUUACCGCCCUCGAUACCGACACCUCUGAUGUUGAUGGAAAACCAGUCGUAUUGUCUCCAAACACAGCUGCAUUCAUGGCUCUGUUGGAAGCUCCCGCUACUGAAGAGGUCGAAAGAGAGCCGUCCGGAUUAGGUGACUGGACAGACAACCCAUACGGUCCAGGUCCAGUCGUUGACGAUCCGCCGGCUGACGCUACAGCUACAGUUACGGCUACUGAAGAACCAGCGUCUUCACAAGGCACCAGCCCUCCUGAUGAUUCACCACCUGCUCAAAAUACCGAUAACACAUCUCGUGCCCAAGACACAAUACCAGACCCGAGCUUGGGCUCGGAUCAUAGCGAGCUUUUGUCGAAAGAUGUGGUGUCUGCGGGUGGGAAUGUGGAUGCCGAUGUGGAAAUCGGGCCUGCAUCUCAUGUCCAGUCAGCCACUGACGACAUUCUUGAGAGUGGGUCAGGCACCCUAGAAGGCGAAGCUGCGGGUGCUCAACUCCCUGUAUUGAAUAUCACCACCGACUCGGAUCCCGCCCAGCUCAACGCCAAUUGGCACGAUGCUGGGCAAUAUACUUCUUCUCCCGAGGACAGCAUUCUCGCGACUCCGUCCGCAUCUCCUGAUGUCUCUCCGUCGUCUGCCCGCUCCUUCAUUCGGAAAACAGCCCCAGCGGACAGUGUGCCGAAGCUCAACCCAUUACUCGAUUUGGAUCUUCUCCGAUUACCUGCAUUCUCGUUUGGGGAGACCGAUUUCGAUGGGCGACGUCGAUCGAGCGGUGCGGUAGAUGAUCCUGCAGUAUCAACGAUGCUGUUCCAGGAAAUUUCAAGUGUGCAGAAGGACAAAUUGCUCGAUUUCAGUGAGCAGGAUGAUUCGGAGGGCAGGACCGAGCAUUCGGCCGAAAUAUCCGUUUCAGGCACGAUCGAAACAUCAGGCGCGGCCAGUUCUCUCAAAUCGGAUCAGGCGUACAAAGCCCCUAACGUAGACCUUCGUCCGCCGCGAUUGGGCAUAACCAUCCCCGUUUCCCCAACGUCGUUGCACCAAGACCUAUUUGAAGCUUCGCCACUCUUAUUUUCUCCUAUUAGCAGCGUCGCCAGCGCACUCCCCUUUGCUGCGUUGAAGUACGACCAAGACAAACCCAGUCGUCGUGCAUGGUCGGCGACCGAGCCCGGUCUGCAAUUUCCGACUUCCCCUCUGGCCUUUCCUCCGAGCAGAGAUAGUUUUCUGAUGAGUUCCGAGAACGACUCACGGCUCGUGAAACUCAAGCGGCGUCAUGCGCGCCAACCUCCUCCGCCGGCAAAACAGCCAGAGCAGCCACGUUAUUCCUCGCAAGGGACUGAUACCACUGGCCUCGAUCGCGAGGAUUCGCCACCGCCAGAGAUAAUCCGCACGUACUCUGAUGCCGGCGUUCAGACUGAGGGAGUUGCAGUUGCCUCGGAAGACUGGAGAGAUCUCCAUGUUGAGAGCCUGCGUCAUCGGGUCGAGGCACUCGAGAGGGAACUCCGACAAGCCCGCAGCAGCCCUACGACUUCGACUUCCCGGCGUUCUUCGCGAUCGGACUCGGCAAAUUGGCGUGAAGACCGGGAGCGGAUCGGCGUUCAGCACACAAGGGAGCCACCGGCCUAUGUCCAGAGCUAUUCAGCGCCGCGCGCGCUCUUCGUCAGAGCCGCAUCGACGGACCGACAAGUACCGCCGCCUGCCCCGAUCAGCUUCAACUUCAGAAACAUCUCCGCGGGCAGUUUCCUGGGUGGCGGCAGCAGUUCGCGCUCAGGUCAUGGCCACCAUCGAUCAAGCUCGAGUUCGUGA